AUGGCGGGCGCGCGCGUGCUCGUGCACGUGCGGCGCGCGGGGCCGGGGGGGGCGGCGGCGUUCGGGCAGAGUGUCACCGGCGUGUUCUGCCCGGCGCACACGGACGUGGCCCGGGUGAGCUGCGGGCUGGAGCGCGGUCACUUCCUCAUCUCCGAUGUCCCCUUCCCCGGCUCCGCCGUCACAGUCCUCAAGAGACCCCCCUUCUGCCCCGCCAAGCUGGGAGGGGCCACGCCGGGUGGCCGGGGGGGACACGCAGGGGUGGCCGCAGCGGUGGCCGUGCUGCUGGAGGCCGCCUGUGGCCACGUCCUGCUGACCCGCCGGGCCACCACCCUGCGCCACUUCCCCAACGUUUGGGUGCCACCAGGUGGGCACUUGGAGCCAGGAGAAGAGCUGGUGGCCGCAGGGCUGCGGGAGCUGGCCGAGGAGACGGGGCUGCACCUGGAGCCCGGGACCUUCUCGUGGCACCUGCUCGGCCUCUGGGAGUCCCUGUUCCCCCCCGCGCUGAGCUGGGGGCCACCACGCUGCCACCACAUCGUCACCUACCUGGGGCUGCGCUCGGCCGAGCCCCGCCAGCGCCUGCAGGCCCGGCUGUGUCCGAGCCCGUGUGAGGUCAGCGCUGUGGCCUGGCUGGAGCCGCUGGUCCUGGAGGCCAUCGCUGCCACCGAGGAUGGAGCCGAGGGACCGGGACCGGGACCGGGAUCAUUUCCCGGAGAGCUGCCGGCCACCGUGGGGAUCAUGGAAUUGAGCGCUGACGGCUUCCGGAACUCCCAAAUUCCCACCGGGAUCCUCCUGCGCCGGGCCCCGGCCCACGGCCCCGACCUGGAGCGCGUCAGCACCGGCACCAAAUUCGCGCUGGGGCGGUGGCGGGCGGGGCCCGGCCGGGGGAACCGGGAAUAA